GUGAGCAUCUUAAACCCCUAAAACCCUUAAAAAGUCAAAAUCACCUUCGCGAGAGAGAGACGAUGGAUCACAUAGCGGCGGCGGAAGAGCAAAUUGUAACGGAGAGGCUUCGAAGAAAGCUCGAGGAAGUCAAUGUUUCUGCUCAGUCCCAGCUCUCUCCUAUUCAGGAUCACAUCAAUUUCACCCUUCAGCAAGCUUACUUCAAGUGUGCGUACGAGUGCUUUGACAGAAGCAGGAAGCAAGAGGAGAUAGCUAACUGUGUUGAGCACUGCAGUGUUCCUGUUGUCAAAUCUCAGCAGUAUUUCGAAGGCGAAAUGGCUCAGUUUCAGGAAAGGAUGAACAGAUCUCUCAUGGUCUGUCAAGACAAAUUUGAGGCUUCGAAGCUCCAUAAGAACAGGGUUGAUGCGGCCAAAGAUAUGGAAGGCUGCGUUAACCAAUCCAUUGAGGAGAGUCUCAACACGUUGCCUCACAUUGUGCAGAGGAUGAAGACAGCCUUUUCCAUUCGCGACUAAAACAAUAUGCUUUGUAACUGUGUUCUGGCUUCAGAUUUGAUAGUUGUUACUUCCGGUUUUCUGAUAUUGAUUAUUGUUUUAGUUGAGACUCUUUUUUUCA